CAAGACACCAUCAAAGGAGGAUUUUUGGAUUGUGAUACAGGACAGGCUGGGAUAAUCACAAAGACAUUAAGCAAGCUUGUUGGUUCAUUACUGUGUGAAGGGAAAGCAUGAAGGCUCUGCUUGUGUCACUGCUUGGAUUACGGCUAGUCAUGGGAAUGAGCCACUGGUGUGAGAGCGUACUGGAGGAGCGUGUGGAGCGUGUCCUCUCCCCCCGUCUCCAGCAGGAAGUGGAUUGCUCCGAGGUCUACCAGUACAACACUCAGGGCUGGCGGCUGGAUGUGGACAGAAUGCGCCAUGAGCACGGGGGGGAUGAUGGCAUCGCCCUGUACUACAGACAGCAGGGACCACGAGCAUCAUGCUAUGUGUUCAAACCCCCAGACAUUGAGAGUAUGUUGGUGAACAGGACAGUGAGGGCUUGUUGUGAAGGUUGGGGUGGACAUCGCUGUUCGCAAGGUGUUGGUGUGAGGGGCCACUGCUUCUCCACGUGGAGCUGUACAGAGUUCCCUGGCGUGGGCAACUCCUCCCUGAUGCUGCUGGAGGAGUGCUGUGGUACACUGUGGGGGCUCAGCUGGAGAAACGCCUCCGACGGCACAUGCCUCUCCUGCACAUACACACUCAUGCCAGACUCCCAGUCGUCUCCUGUCCUGCGCGGGGGGUCACUGCGGCGAGCGGUGCGUGCCCCCCAGGGUUCGGCCACCUGCGUGACGUGGGGCGGGGCGCACUAUCGCACCUUUGACAGGAAGCACUUCCACUUCCAGGGCGGCUGCACCUACACGCUGGCCUCCUCUACCGAUGGCACCUGGAGCGUCUACCUCAGCAGCGUGUGUGACCGCAGAGGGCACUGCAGCAAGGCCCUGCGUCUGAUGUUGGGCAUGGACCUGGUGACGGUUCUGCAGGGGAACGUGACCCUGAACGGCCUCCUGGUACCACAUGGGGAACCAAUCUUCCAGAACGGGGUAAGCGUGCACUGGCUGGGGGACUUUGUGUUUGUGGAUAGCGGCAUCGGGGUGCGAGUGAAGACAGACAUGGACAACACCAUCUACCUGACCGUCAACGCUGACCACCUGGGCACCACCAGAGGCCUGUGUGGAGUCUACAACCACAACGCCAACGAUGACUUCACCCUUGCCAGCGGGAGUGUGUCUGCGUACGCCGCCAGCUUUGGGAACUCGUGGCGGGUGGCCGAUAAGCAAACAGAGGGCUGUAGUGAUGCAGCUGAGCUGGGCCACAGCUGUGACCUGAGUGGCAGCAUUACCCUACGGGGUCAGGCAGAGGCGGCCUGCCACAGACUCCUGGAGACCCCGUUCUCACAGUGCCACCACAGGGUGGAUCCGGCAGCCUAUGUGGACUCGUGCCUGUACCUGUUCUGCAGCUUACCCAGCGGUGAGAGGGAGGGGGCCGUGUGCCAGACCCUGGCCAGCUAUGCACGGGAGUGUGCCCAGCAACACGUGAUCAUCACCUGGAGACGACACGACCUGUGUGGUCGAGUGUGUCCGAGGCGGCAGGUGUUUUCGGACUGCGUGUCCUCGUGCCCCCCCAGCUGUGCGUCCCCCACGCCGCCCGCCUCUGGCCAGUGUCGCGAGGAGUGCGUGGGGGGGUGCGAGUGUCCCCCGGGCCUCUUCCUGCAGGGGGGAGAGUGUGUAAGGAAGGAGGAGUGCCCCUGCUUCCACCGUCGACGCUCCUACAAGGCCGGCGACACCAUCCAGCAGCAGUGUAACACAUGUGUGUGUACGGCUGGCCAGUGGCGCUGCUCGGGGGAGAGGUGUGCUGCUCAGUGCACUCUGAUUGGAGGGCUAGAGGUCACGACCUUUGACAAGAAGAGAUACGCCCUGCAGGGGGGAGACUGUGGCUUCACUGCAGUGGAGGACUUUGUGGACAGGAAGCUGGAGAUGACGGUGCGUGUGGGAGAGUGUGUUGGAGGAGCAGGGGGGCGUGGCUGUCUCAGAGAGAUGUCCAUCACUGCCCUGAGGACCACAGUCAUCAUCACUGACACUGGUGUGGUGAGUGUGAACGGGCGUGUGGAGGCGCUACCCGUGGUGACGGGGGACCUGGUGGUGCGCAGGGCCUCCUCCCUCUUCCUCCUGGUGCAGGCCUUCGGGGCCCACAUCCUCUGGCACCUCCAGGGGCCCCUUGCCAUCAUCACACUGCAGCCCGGAUUCUCACAGAAGGUGCGGGGCCUGUGUGGGACACUGACCUGGAAUCAGCACGAUGACUUCACUACCCCGGAGGGUGACGUGGAGACCAGCGUAGCGUCGUUCGUCAGCAAGUUCAUGACGGACGUCUGCCAUUCCCCUUCCCCGUCCCCCUCCCUCCAGACCACCCCCCAAGACCCCUGCAGCACCUUCACUCAGAGACGACAACACGCACAGAACGUUUGUGCCAUCAUACACAGCAACGUCUUCCAGCCAUGCCAUGACGUGGUGGACAGGGAGCCUUUCCUGCGUCAGUGUUUGAGUGACGUGUGCAGCUGCUUCACCGGCGGAUCGUGCCAGUGUACCAUCCUCACGGCCUACGCCCGCCACUGUGCCCAGGAGGGGGUCGCCAUCACCUGGAGGAACCACACCUUCUGCCCUGUGCAGUGUUCGGGUGGGCAGGUCCACCAGGAGUGUGGCCUCGCGUGCGGAGCCUCCUGUAGUGACCUGCGACAGGGCUGGACCUGCGACGCCAGCUCCUCAUCCUCCUCCUCCUCCUCCUCCGCUGCUGCCUCCGCGGUGACCAGCUGUGUGCCCGGUUGCCAGUGCCCGUCGGGCCUGGUUCAGGAUGACGAGGGCCAGUGCGUGCCCGCCAGUAUCUGCCCCUGCCAGAGGGGGCAGCAGAUGUACCCACCGGGCAGCAGAGUCAAGAACAACUGCAAUACCUGUGUGUGUGAGCGUGGUGGUUGGAACUGCACGGCAGCGGUGUGUCCUGAGGUAACCCGGUGCCCUGGAUCUCUGGUGUACGCGCCGCGCUCCUGCCUCCGCACCUGCGCCAGCCUGGACCAGCUCAUGGCACCCUGCACAGAGCCCAUCUACGGCUGCGUCUGCCCAGAGGGCACUGUGUUGCUGGGCGACCGCUGUGUGCCCCCUGAGGAGUGUCCUUGUCACCACAAUGGCCGAAUGUUCUUUACCAACGACACCAUCACCAAGGACUGCAACACAUGUGUGUGUCGAGCGAGGCGGUGGCACUGCGGCCAGUCCCUGUGCGCUGGCACCUGUGUUGCCACGGGCGACCCGCACUACGUGACGUUUGACGGCCGCAGCUUCACUUUCCUGGGGGACUGCGAGUACGUGCUGGCCCAGGAGAGCGAUGGCCUCUUCAGCGUCACGGCGGAGAACGUCCCCUGCGGCAGCACCGGCGUCACCUGCACCAAGUCUGUCACCUUUACCGUCGGCAACACCGCCAUACACAUGCUGAGGGGUAAGGCAGUGACGGUGAAUGGGAUGGCAGUGUCCCUGCCCAAGUCCUACUCCGGCAGUGGCCUGACUCUGGAGAGGGUUGGGCUCUUCGUUUCACUGUCCUCGCGCCUCGGAGUUACGCUUCUCUGGGACGGAGGGAUGCGACUAUAUGUACGAUUGUCGCCCAGUCUCCGCGGCCGCGUCGGGGGGCUGUGCGGAAACUUUGACGGCGACACGGAGAACGACUUCACCACGCGACAGGGCAUCAUGGAGUCGACGCCCGAGCUCUUUGGGAACUCCUGGAAGGUCAGCCCGUCCUGCCCAGACGUGCACGACCAGGACCUCAGAGACCCCUGUGCGAUCCAUCCUCACAGGGUGACGUGGGCCAAGAGGCGCUGUGCCGCGCUCACCCAGGAGGUCUUUGAGGCGUGCCAUGCAGAGGUGCCUUACCAGCAGUACUAUGACUGGUGUGUCUUUGAUGCCUGCGGAUGUGACUCAGGUGGGGAUUGUGAGUGCUUGUGCACGGCCCUGGCUGCCUAUGCUGAGGAGUGUAACCGGAGAGGAGUCUACAUCCGCUGGCGCUCUCAGGAGCUCUGCCCACUGCAGUGUGAGAACGGCCUGGAGUAUCAGCCGUGUGGUUCUGCCUGCACCACCACCUGUGCCGGUGUCAACCCCACCCCCGACUCCCACUGUGGAGCGCUGUCCUGUGUGGAGGGCUGCUUCUGCCCCACCGGCACCGUCAGACAUGGACUGGGUUGCAUUCCUCCAUCGGAGUGUCCUUGUCUGUGGGAGGACUCUGCCUUUCCACCCGGAUCUGCCCUUACACAACACUGUCAAAACUGCACAUGUGUGGGUGGAAGCUGGCAGUGCGAGGGGGCCCCCUGCCCUCCGCCCUCCCCCUGUCUGGACUCAGAGUUCCAGUGUGCGGGGGGCCGCUGUGUGCCCUCCCUCUGGGUGUGUGACAACGAGGACGACUGCGGGGACGGCUCGGACGAGCUCUGCCCCACCACCUGCCCCCCCGGGGAGUUCCGCUGCCCCGGCGGCCGCUGCCUGCCCCUGGCCCUGCGCUGCGACGGCCACCCCGACUGCGCCGACCAAUCGGACGAGGAGUUCUGCGCCCCGCCCACGCCGCACCCCCUCUGCCCCCCGGGAGGGUUCCAGUGCGAGAGCGGGCGGUGCCUGCCCACCAGCAAGGUGUGUGACGGGCGGCUGGACUGCGGGUUCGCCGACGACUCGGACGAGAGAGACUGUGGCGUGGUGUGUCGCGAGGGAGAGUUCCGCUGCUCUGGGGGUCGAUGUGUGUCCUACCUCCACCGCUGCGACGGGCACGAUGACUGCGGGGACUUCAGUGACGAGCGGGGGUGCGCGUGUCCCUUUGGGCAGUUCCAGUGCCCCGGCGGAGAGUGCUUGGAGCCGGGCAGAGUCUGUGACGGCCAUAAGGAUUGUCCCUCAGGAACCGACGAGACCAUCUGUCCCGCCAAAGGUUGUGGACGGCAUGAGUUUGCCUGCUCUAACGGGCAGUGUACCCCGCUGGCGUGGCGAUGCGAUGGGGAGACGGACUGCCUGGAUGGCAGUGAUGAGGAGCGGUGCCCCAAGCGGUGCCUGCCGGGUCAGCACCUGUGCCAGAGUGGAGAGCAGUGCAUCCCCUACCAGCAGCUCUGUGAUGGCGUGGAGCACUGCAAUGAUGGCUCGGAUGAAAACGUGGACAUGUGUGGCUCUGUGCGCAUUCCUCCCUGCGUGGGCAGCUUCUCCUGUGACAACCGCACGUGUGUGAACGCCUCGCAGGUGUGUGACGCCAUCCCCGACUGUCCUCAUGGAGAGGAUGAACUGCUCUGUGAUAAAAUCACGCCGACCCCUGCUGACCGGAACAUUACACGCGUCUGUCCGGAGUUCACCUGCCGUGAUGGAGGCUGUGUUCCAUUCAGAGCGGUGUGUAAUGGUGUGCCGGAGUGUCCUGACGUCCCCAGGCCAGGGGGGCCCUCGGAUGAGCAGGGGUGCCGCACCUGGGGCUCCUGGGGGCCAUGGAGCCCUUGCAGCCGCUCGUGCGGGGCAGGCUCCAUGAGCCGCCAAAGACGCUGCCCUCUAGGGGACACGCUGGGCUACUGCAGAGGGGAGGAGACGGAGAGACGGCAGUGCUUCCAGGGCUCCUGUCCAGUGGAUGGCUACUGGCUGCCGUGGGUGUCGUGGUCUAACUGCAGCCAGAGCUGUGGGGGGGUGGAGGUGCGCCACAGGGAGUGUGUACCCCCCCAGAGUGGAGGCCGACACUGCAGCCAGCAGCCAGGAGAGACAAACAUCGCCAUGGAAAUCAAGCCUUGUCCGCAGGAGAGCUGUGGUAACGUGUCGUGCCCUGCCGGUCUGGUGUGGCAUAACUGCAGCUCGUGUCCCCUGAGCUGUGCCCAUGUGUCACGAGGGGCCUCGUGCCAACACCCCACCAAGUGCUUCACAGGCUGCUGGUGUCCCGAGGGGCUGGUGAUGAACCACGAGCAGCAGUGCGUGCCUGCGGAGGAGUGCGUGUGCGAGGUGGCGGGCGUGCGCUACUGGCCCGGCCAGAAGGUGAAGCAGGGCUGUGACAUCUGCACCUGCGUCAGGGGGAGACCGCAGGACUGCCAGCCCAACCCUGAGUGCACAGUGCAUUGUGGCUGGUCUGCCUGGUCUUCGUGGGGGGAGUGCAUGGGGCCGUGUGGGGUCCAGAGUGUGCAGUGGUCCUUCCGCAGUCCUAACAACCCCAGCAGCCAUGGCAACGGGAGGCAGUGCCGAGGAAUAUACCGGAAGGCACGGCGGUGUCAGACGGAGCCGUGUCUGGAGUGUGAGCACCAGGGCCACUCCUAUGUCGUGGGCGAGCGGUGGAGGGCAGGCCAGUGCCUCAUGUGUCAGUGCUUGGCCAACCUCACCACACACUGCGCCCCCUACUGUCCACAUGCCAUCACUGGAUGCCCACAGGAUCACACCCUGGUCCCCGGUGAAGGAGACAGGUGUUGCUACUGUGAGCGCACAGGUGGGAAUGGCACAUUCUCAGGGACGACUCCAGCCACGAUACCAAUCAGUCUGCAGCCCUCAGCCACACCAGCUGGACCCAUAGUGCCCACCUACCCUCUUCCUCCUGGAGAUGACUGCUGGUCUCCUCUAGGGGUGCAGUCUCUCCCCUCGUCCAGCUUCAGUUCCUCCUCCCACCAGCAGGGGCACCCUCCGUGGGCUGGCCGCCUCCACACCUUCAGCCUGGCCACUGACCUGCAGGGCUGGAGCCCCGAGCCACGGCAAUACCACGACCUGACGCCAGGGGCGCCAGAGGGCUACAGCAGUGGACGGCAGCCGCCAUACCUGCAGAUUGACUUGCUGAAGCCACACAAUAUCACAGGAAUACUGAUCCAGGGAGGCGGGAGGUUUGAUACCUUUGUGUCCAGUUUCUACCUGCAAUUCAGCACAGAUGGCAACCAAUGGUUAACCUACAAGGAACUCAUCACUGACGCCCGGCCCAAAGCCAAGGUGUUCAUGGGUAACCGUGACGAUCGUAGUGUUGCUCAAACGCGAUUGGACAGGAUGGUGGAGGCGCGGUUUGUGCGGGUGCUUCCUCACGACUUUCAGAACGGCAUCUAUCUGCGAGUGGAGCUGAUGGGCUGCGAGUCAGGCUACCAGUGGCUGUCCACCCCGGCUCCCUCUCUGUCGCCCCUGACCCCUAAGGCGUGCAGGGAGAGGGAGUUCCGCUGUGACAACGGGCGCUGUGUACCAGCGGGACCUGGAGGUGUGGUCUGUGAUGGAGUCAAUGACUGUGGGGACGGCUCAGACGAGCGCCACUGUGGCACUCGGUCCCCCACCACCCCACGACCCAGAGGAUGCGCUGCCGGCCAGUUCUCCUGUCCGCCACCAGGGGGCUGCAUCGAGGCGUCUCAGCGCUGUGACGGAGUGGCCCAGUGCCCUGACGGAGCCGAUGAGAGUGGCUGCCACCCCUCCAAACCCAUCACCCCCACCCCUGCUCCCCUCAGGACCCCCAGCAGGGCUGCAAUCACAGCUGCCCGCGUCACACCCACUACCACUCCCACACCCACGGAAAGUGUCCCCUGGCAUAGAGGAGUGUGUUCGUCGCCUCUGGGCAUGGAGGACGGCCAGAUCCACUACUCUCAGCUGACCUCCUCAUCAUACCGAAACCUGAACAACAAUGCAGACGGAGGGCGCCUCAAUGUCUUCCCUAACGUACCUAUCAUGGAGCCUGGCUGGAGUCCGUUGCCUAGCGACCCCCACCCCUACUUCCAGGUGGACUUCCGGGAGCCCACCUGGGUGGCGGGGGUGGUGACCCAGGGCAGUGAGCGCAUGUGGGGCUACAUGACCAAGUACCGCCUGGCCUUCGCCAUGGAGGAGGGUCACUUCACUGACUACACGGAAAGUGGACACACAGGUGAAGCGCCUAAGGUGUUUGAGGUACGUAUGGUGGGCAGGAUGCCUGUGACGCGGUGGCUGAAUCGACUGGUGAAGGCUCGGUACCUACGCAUCAUGCCCGUGGAGUACCGCCACACCUUCUACCUGCGCGUGGAGAUACUGGGCUGCAGAGAAGACGAGCUGGUGACUCCUAGAAGCGUGACGAGCGCGGCCCCUGUGGUAACCAGGAGGUGUUUGAGCGGCAUGUUCAGCUGCUCCAGUGGCGAGUGCGUUCCCAUCGCCCUGCUGUGUGACGGCCAUCCAGACUGCUUGGACCACUCAGAUGAGAUGGGCUGUGGGACCGGCUCACCUGGACUGCGGAACCAGACUGGAGGUCCAGGGAUGCGCACUACACCAGCUCCUAACGUGUUUACAGGGGAGCCAGGGGUUCACAACGUCACCACCUCCAGACCAGGGGUCACCCCUUCAUAUCACCCAGGGCUUCGCACCCCUACACCCUACACUGGAAACCCGGGAGUCAAGACUACACCAGCUCGUGUGAUCACCACAACGCCUCAUGAUGGUGGAUUACCCAGAGUGCUUUGUGUGGAGGGCCAGUUUUCCUGCCGAGUGUUUGGCUGCAUUGAUGCUGCGCUGGUGUGUGACGGACACGAAGACUGCGUGGAUGGCUCUGAUGAGGAUCGCUGUGGUACACCCACUCUCUUCCCGGUCACACCUGUUCCUAGCGGCCCCACCCCCUGCUCAGAUAAGCAGUUCACCUGUGCCAGUGGAGAGUGUGUGCACCUGGACAAGAGGUGUGACCUGCACAGGGACUGUGCCGAUGGCUCAGAUGAAAUGGACUGUGUGGACUGUGUGCUGUCGCCAUGGACGCAGUGGAGUGGCUGCAGUGUGUCGUGUGGUCUGGGCUCCAUCUUCCGCCAGAGGGAGGUGCUCCGGGAUGCCCGUCCUGGGGGAGCCUGCGGGGGGGCCCAGUUCGAUAGCAGGGCCUGCUUCCUACGGGCGUGUCCGGUGGACGGGGCAUGGUCGGAGUGGAGCCCCUGGUCUUCCUGUGACGUGUCGUGUGGUGGGGGUCUGAUGAUCAGGAACCGCUCCUGCUCCAGCCCCCCUCCCAAAAACGGGGGCAGGGACUGCGAAGGCAUGACCCAGCAGACACAAACCUGCAACAUGCAGUCAUGCAGCCUGCAGCCACACACAGGUUGUGUGAACGGCAUGGUGCUGGUGACGGAGUCUGACUGCCAGGGGGGUCGCGUGGAGCCCUGCCCAUGGACCUGCUCUGCCCUGAGCUCCGAGCGGAACUGCAGCUCCACAUGCGUCACAGGUUGCCGUUGUCCCCCUGGCCUGUACAUGCAAGAUGGCGGCUGUGUGAAUGCCAGCCGCUGCAGGUGCCUAUGGGAUGGCAUGGUCCUCCAGCCGGGGGAUAAGGUCACCAAGGGCAACUGCAGCACAUGUGUAUGUCAAGAUGGCAGAUUCUUCUGUGACAACUCCAAAUGUGUCGUCAACUGUGAUUGGUCGUCUUGGUCGUCAUGGACACCCUGUGACAGCACCUGUGGGACAGGCCUGCAGCAGCGGUACAGAUCCCCAGUGAAUCCGACACGAGGGGUCAAAAUUCAGCCGUGUACCGGAGAUUCCACUGAGGUGCGGCAGUGUUACACACCCUGUGUUCCAGAGGAUGGUGGUGCUGCGUGGAGCGAGUGGACGUCCUGGUCGGAGUGCAGUAAGAGCUGCUUCCUGCACGUGGAUGACGUGGGGCUGCGGACGCGCUUCCGCUCCUGCAACCACACGGCCACCACGCCCUGCCUGGGGGACAGCCACGAGCAGGAGCCAUGCAACACCAGACACUGCCCAGUGCACGGUGGUUGGACGGCAUGGUCUCGAUGGUCUCCGUGCUCCGCAGAGUGUGACUCUGGCGUACAGACACGAGAGCGCCUCUGCAGUUCCCCCUCCCCACAGCACGGGGGCAGCACCUGCCCUGGGCCCCACAUCCAGACGCGAGACUGCAACGCUCAGCCCUGCUCAGGUUCGUGCCCGGAGGGCAUGGCCUUCCUGACAGUGGAGGAGUGCCAGGCGCAGGGUGGCGCGUGCCCGCGCGUGUGCCUGGACAUGACGGCGGAGGUGGAGUGUGCCACCGAGUGCUUCGACGGCUGCUACUGCGCCCCGGGCUUCUACCUGUACAACGGCACCUGCCUGCCCCUCGACCAGUGCCCCUGCUACCACCAGGGGGUGGUAUACCCACGCGGAGCCGUCGCCCCGCUCGACGAGUGCAACAACUGCACCUGUCACAACGGGGAGAUGGAGUGCGGAACAGCGCCCUGCCCUGUGGACUGUGGCUGGACGUUGUGGACCCAGUGGAGCGCAUGCAGUAGGACGUGUGACGUGGGCAUCCGUAGGCGCUAUCGCUCGGCAACCAAUCCCCCGGCAGCGUACGGGGGCCGGCCCUGCCUUGGGGACAGAGUGGAGCUGGACACCUGCAGUGUCAAACCCUGCCACGGCAUGAAGCAGCCCUGGUCUGCGUGGUCGGAGUGUUCCGUACCGUGUGGUGGAGGCUACCGGAACAGAACUCGGGGUCCCUUUAGAACCCACGGCACCGCCCAGCAGUUCAGCGCCUGUAACCUACAGCCUUGUGGAAACAGUAAGGUGUGUUCAGAGGGUCAGGAGUGGGCGGAGUGUGUGAGGGAGGCGGUGACCUGUGCUGAGAUUGGCCAAGAGCCCGUCAGGAACUCCACCUGCACGCCAGGAUGCCAGUGCCCCAUGGGAUACGCUUUACAGGCUGGGAAGUGUGUGCCACUGCCUGAAUGCCUGUGUGAUGUGGAGGGGGAGCAGUAUCGGCCAGGGGACACGGUGGCCAAAGACUGCAACAACUGCACAUGUGAAUCAGGGAGGCUGGUGAACUGCACCGAUCAUGACUGCAGUGUGGAUGGCCACUGGUCUGACUGGAGUGGCUGGAGUGUGUGCUCUGUGAGCUGUGGUCCGGGCCUGCGCUCGCGGUACCGCUUCUGCUCCAGCCCUGAGAGGAGUGGUCGAGGGGUGCCCUGCCUGGGGCCCCAGCGCCACGACCAAGUCUGCGUGCUGCCCCCCUGUGACCGUAACGGAGGCUGGAGUGAGUGGAGCUCCUGGACGGACUGUACCAAGUCGUGUGGCGGUGGGGUACGGAGCCGCAGGCGGGAGUGCGACAGCCCCCCUCCACAGGGUCGCGGGGAUUACUGUGAGGGCCUGGCCUCCGAGGUCAUCAGCUGCAACACCGACCAUUGCCCAGUGUCUCCAUGUUCCAAAGUUCCAGGCACAGCCUUCAGCAGCUGUGGACCCUCGUGUCCCCGCUCUUGUGACGACCUGGCUUUCUGCGAGUGGCGCUGUGAGGCAGGGUGUUACUGCACGGGUGGCCGUGUGCUCAGCAGUAAUGGCUCUGAGUGUGUGGAGAGACACCACUGCCCUUGCUUGGACCUCAACACGGGCCUUAGGCUCCAACCCGGGGAGUCCACCAUAGCAGCAGAUGGAUGCAACAACUGUACUUGUGAGGAGGGCAAAAUCACCUGCACCAAUUACCAGUGUCCAGUGUCUGGCGGUUGGUGCGAGUGGUCUAACUGGACGCCCUGCUCUAAGACGUGCGGUGCCGAGUUUGUGUCGCGCUACCGCAGCUGUGGGUGUCCGGAGCCCCGUGCGGGGGGCGCCCCCUGUCCCCAAGCCCAGGAGGAGCACGGGGGCCUGGGGGUGCAGAUCGAACGCAAGGCCUGUCCCUCUCUGCGCUUCUGUCCAGUGCAUGGUUCGUGGGGGGCAUGGGGCGUGUGGUCGAAGUGUGACGCGUGUGGGGGAGUGUCUGUCAGGAGGAGGGAGUGUAACAGCCCCCCCGCGCGCUUCGGAGGCCUGCCCUGCCACGGGCCCAGCCAGCAGAGCCGACGCUGCCAUGACAACCAAACCAUCUGCUCCGACUGUGGAGGGGGUCAGGAACACUGGCCUUGUGGGAAGCCUUGCCCUCGCUCCUGUUCUGAUCUCCAUGGUGACACAGAGUGUAUGGACAGUCCGGACUGCAGUCCUAGCUGUGGUUGCCCCGGUGACCAGGUUCUGCAGGAUGGGGUGUGUGUGGACAGAGACCUGUGCCGCUGCAAGUUCCACAACGGAACCACAGACGGCCUGGACGCAAGGAACGCCUCCUGGGUCUGGCCGGGCCAGUCAGAUUGGCAGUACACAAAUCCAGGAGAUACCAUCAUCAGUGACUGCUACAACUGCUCCUGCGAUUCCGGAGUUCUUCAGUGUCAGUCAGUUCCAGGUUGCCAUGUGGACGGGGCGUGGAGCCAAUGGGGUGGCUGGUCAGAGUGUUCCAUACCCUGUGGGGGCGGAGUUAAGCUGCGCUGGAGGCAGUGUGAUAACCCCGCCCCUCAGGGAAGUGGGAGGAGUUGUCUAGGAGUUGGGGAACAACAGAAAGAGUGCAACACUCACCUGUGCACAGAUUCAGGCCCGUGGUAUGACUGGUCAUCAUGGAGCGCGUGCACGGUGAGCUGUGGGGGAGGGGAGCAGCUCCGAACCCGAACCUGUCGCACGCCACCCUGCCCCGGCCUCCCACGCCAGAGCAAGACCUGCAACACACAGGUCUGCCUGGAGGUUGGCUGUCCUCCAGGCCGGCUGUACCGUGAGUGUGAGCGAGGGGAGGGCUGCCCCUUCAGCUGUGCCCAGGUCAGUGGGCGAGAGGGCUGCUUUUCGGAGGGCUGUGAGGAGGGCUGUCACUGUCCCCCAAACACCUUCCAACAUCGUGGAGCUUGUGUACAGGAGUGCCCGUGUCUGGUGGACAAGGAACUAUUGGCAGCAUUACAGAAUGUGUCCGUUACCCCGGAUACCAUCCCUGACCUCCAGAACAUCACCGAAGGGGUGGAGCUUAUGUCUGGGGAGGGUCUUCUCUAUGAGUGCAGCAACUGUUCCUGUGAGCAUGGUGUGUGGAACUGCUCGUUUGUGUCGUGUCCCCAAGACGGAGGCCUGAGUGCCUGGAGCUCCUGGUCGUCCUGCUCCCUCACCUGUGGGGGGCUGGGCCAGAAGAGCCGCCAGCGCACCUGCUCCAACCCCGCACCUGCACACGGUGGCCACGACUGCCAGGGGGCACUGGAGGAGAACACCUUCUGCCAAGCCCCAGACUGCCCUGUGGUGACCACUCCAACAGAAGAACCGCCGCUGCCUGAUGACGAUGCUGGGUUCUCCAAGUGGUCCUCCUGGACUCCGUGUUCUAAGACCUGUACGGACGCCCGCACGCCUGUUCUAAAGUUCCGCCAGAGGGAGUGCGUGACACCCCCCUGCUCUGGAGAGAGCCACCAGCAGAAGGCCUGCAACCUGCCCCAGUGCCCAGGUGUGGUGGAGGAGUGUGUUGGGGAGGAGUGCGAGCAGAGGAACUGCUCCUGGACGGAGUGGGGGGAGUGGGGGCCGUGCUCCCGAUCGUGUGGCGUGGGGCAACAGCAGCGCCUCCGCACCUUCCUGCCCCCCGGGGCCAACGGAACCUGGUGCCCCGACAUCCUCGGGGGCAACUCCGACAGCCGCUUCUGCAACAUCCGCGCCUGCCGCGUGGAUGGGGGCUGGUCCCGCUGGAGCCCGUGGUCGCGGUGUGAUAAGCGGUGUGGAGGGGGGCGCUCUAUGAGGACACGCUCCUGCUCCAGCCCCCCGCCCAAGAACGGCGGCCGCAAGUGUGAAGGGGAGAAGAACCAGGUGAAACCAUGCAACACCAAACCCUGCGAUGAGCGUGGCUGUCCCCCAGGCCAGGAGUUUGUGUCGUGUGCCAACGAGUGCCCGCAGCGCUGCUCAGAUCUGCAGCAGGGUAUCCAGUGCCAGCGCAGCGCCGAGUGCCAGCCAGGAUGCCGCUGCCCGCGAGGCCAGCUGCUGCAGGACGGCGUCUGCGUGAAGCUGUGGCAGUGCGACUGCGUGGACUCCCUGGGCCAGAGCUGGGCCGCGGGCAGCACGCACCAGGUGGACUGCAACAACUGCAGCUGCGCAGAUGGCACGCUCUCCUGCACCAACCAGAGCUGCGGUGCCGAGCCCAGCUGCUCCUGGAGCUCCUGGUCCAACUGGGCGUCCUGUAGCGCCACCUGUGGGACGGGAGGACAGAGGACGCGAUUUAGGUCCUUUGUUGCUGAGACCCCCGAUGCUGAAUGUCAGUUUGAGGAAGUGCAGCAUAAGCCGUGUGAUCCAGGACCGUGCCCACCCCUCUGUCUCCAUGACGAUCAGGAGCUGUCAGUGGGUGACACAUGGCUACAGGGGGAGUGUAAACAAUGCACCUGCACCCCAGAGGGAGAUUACUGCCAAGACAUCGACUGCAGGGUUGAUGGAGAUUGGACCCCUUGGUCGUUGUGGUCUGAGUGCCCCGUGACGUGUGGCCAGGGCACACAGGUCCGUAGCCGAGCCUGCAUCAACCCCCCGCCCCGCAACAACGGCUCUGACUGCUCCGGACCUGAACGCCAAGCUCAGGAAUGCUACUCCAAACCCUGCCUUGAUGACCUUUGCCCCUGGUCACCAUGGUCAUCGUGCUCCCGCAGCUGUGGGGCGGGUGUGAUGUCACGGCGACGUAGGUGUACGUGCGAAGAGGACGGGGACAACGCGUGUCCCGCAGACAUACACCCACACAGGGACGACCAGGAAACACAACUCUGCUACUCCAGACCAUGUGCAGAGUGUCCGAUGUCGGAGUGGAGUGAGUGGUCGUCCUGCUCCUGCGUGUCCCAGUGGCAGCAGCGCUACCGCGCGCCGCUCUCGACCGGCAGCAGGGGGCAGCAGUGCCCAGAGCUGGACACGGAGAGCAGGGUCUGCCAGCCUGAACACUGCCAAGACUGUGAGACUCCGUUCCAGUUCCAGGAGUGUGGCUACCCGUGCCAGAAGCACUGUGUGCUGCAGGCCCAGAAGGAGGCGUGUGUCGGGGAGCAGCACUGCACUCCUGGCUGCUACUGCCCCCAGGGCUUGCUGCAGCAAAAUGGCACGUGUGUGGAGCCAGAGCGGUGCGGUUGUGUUCACGUUAUCCAUGAGGGAAUGGAUACGCCCAUUACUGUCACCCUCCCACAGGGGGCGAUAGUGAGCAGGGGCUGCAGCACCUGUCUGUGCCAUGAUGGGACCCUGCAGUGUGAUACGCGCGAGUGCGAGGUCUCUCCGAGUGAGUGGUCAGAAUGGACUCCCUGUUCGCCCUGUGUGCCCCUGUCCGACGCCCGGGCCUCCACUCGGCCCCUGGCGGGUAGUGCCCGAGUGGUGUCGCUCCAGCGGCGCUACCGAGCCUGUUUGGACCUGGACACAGGGCUGCCGGCUGACGGGGAUGACCAGAACCAGGGCCCGGACCAGGACCAGGGGACCCAGUGCUCUGAGGAACUGGAGCAGGAGAGGCUCUGUCCCGACCCGGAUGUCUGUAGAGACCUGUGCCAGUGGAGUGCAUGGGAGCCCUGGAGUGGCUGUCAGGACCCCUGCAGCGGUGGAUUCAGGCACAGGCAAAGACAGCCCCUGGCCGAGAUGCCAGGACCCCAAUGCCGCAUACAGCAGACCCAGACACAGAGCUGCAACACUGGCCUUUGUCCAGGGGAGCGUUGUGAGGACCGUGGCCGUGUGUACGAGUCCUCGUGUGCCAACCAGUGUCCCCGCAGCUGCACAGACCUCUGGGAACACGUCCAGUGUCUACAGGGGACCUGUCAUGCAGGUUGCCGCUGCCCAGAUGGCUGGCUGCUGCAGGACGGCGUGUGUGUGUUGACGUCCGAGUGCCGCUGCGGUGUUCCGGUGGAGAACGGCACUCUGGAGGUCAGCCCUGGACAGAACAUCACCCUGGACUGCAACACCUGCCUGUGUGACAAUGGCUCCCUGGUGUGCACCAAUCAUCGCUGCCCUGUGAUUGGCUCCUGGGGACCGUGGAGCCCUUGCUCCGCCUCCUGUGGGUGGGGCCAGAUGGUUCGGACACGGGCCUGCAAACAGAGGCCGGGCGGACUACCCUGCACCGACACUGAGACCAGACAGAACCAGACCUGUUACCUGGCAUCCUGCCCAGCUAACUGUGAGCUGAGCAAAUGGUCAAGCUGGAGUGUGUGCAGCGCCACCUGUGGUGGCGGGGUGGCGGUGCGCAAUAAGACCAUUCUCCAGGCUGCAGAGCCUGGAGGCCAGGAGUGCACAACGCCACUGGAGCAACACAUGACCUGCAACACCAAGAGCUGUCUGCCAGAGUGUCCUGCCGGCCAAGUGCCCAGCAGCUGUGCAGGUAAGUGCCCCUACACCUGUGAGGACCUCUGGCCCGAAGCACAGUGCCUGUCUGGAGCCUGCAGCCCGGGGUGCACCUGCCCUCCAGGCACGGUGUUCCAUAAUGGCACGUGUGUCCCCAUCUCGGAGUGUCCCUGCUCCCCACUCUCCUUACUGCUGAGGAGCCCCAAUGUGACACUCGAGGACCCCAGAGAGGAAGUCCCCUCGGGGACAGUGAUUACACACCUCUGCAACUCCUGCGUGUGCACAGGAGGCGUGUUCAAUUGCAGCGAGGACGUAUGUGACGUGGAUUGUGAGUGGGGCAGCUGGUCUGACUGGACACCUUGCUCGGCCAGCUGUGGUUCUGGAGAGCAGAGCUCAGAGCGGAGCGUCCUGCUGUCCCGGCAGUAUGGCGGAGCAGAGUGCGAGGGGCCGGCACAGCGGACCAGAACCUGCCAAGCACCGGACUGUGAGUGCCCAGAGGGGGAGCGCUGGCAUCGGCCUACCGUUCCCUGGGGCCCUAGUGCCGGUACGGUACCUGUUCACUGUGAUCGCACCUGUGGGGACAUGUACCUGAGCACCCCUCCUGGCUGCCCUGAGGACCACCAUCAUAACCACACCUCCACCUCCAGCUCCAGCCAGGGCUGUGUGUGUGAGGAGGGCCGCUACCGCGACCACCAGGGGCGCUGUGUCAUCCCCGCUCUGUGCCAGUGUGAUGACGACGGGCAGCUGAGAGAGGCUGGUGCGGAGUGGCAGACGGAUUGCCAGUUGUGUCGGUGUGUCAACGGGCAGAAGAGAUGCGAGUCAGUGUGUCCUCCUUUGCACUGUGGAGAGGGUCAGGUGAAGGUCUUAGAGGAGGGAAAAUGCUGCCCCGUCUGCAUGAAGGAAUUCCCAGGGGAGCCCGAGCCCGAGUGUCGCCGCUAUACAGAGGUGAGGAACAUCACCAAGGGUGACUGUCGCCUGGACAACGUGGAGGUCAGCUACUGCAGGGGGCGCUGUGUGUCCAGGACCGACGUCAUCCUGGAGGAGCCCUACCUCCAGGCGGUGUGUGACUGCUGCAGCUAUCGUCUGGACCCCGAGCGUCCGGUGCGCUUCCUCAGCCUGCUCUGCUCCAGCGGGGACACCGAGCCCGUCGUGCUGCCCGUCAUACACAGCUGCGAAUGCACCAGCUGCCAGGGAGGCGAUCUGUCCAGACGCUGAAGAGGUGUAUAGAGAAGAGAAGAGCGGAGGAGAAGAGUGGGCAGAACAGGAGUGGAUAGAAGACGUGUGUGGAGGAAAGAAGGGCAGAAAAAAGAGGCGUGUGGAGGAGAGGAUUGUACUGCCCUACAAAGGCAAAGUGCAGUAACUAUGCCAACAUUGAAACUGAAAAAAGUCCUUCAAAGGUAUUAUGAUAUUAGGUUGGAUUUUGUAAUUACUGCAAAUUUGACGUAGCAAUAUUUCGAAAACUGGACACAUUUGGGCCAUAAGGCUUUGUCACAAGAUGAAUGAGGUGUUAUGGAGACCAUUUCCAGUCUAAACUCAAUUUUGACAAAAUAUGUAGUUACUCCACUCUGCCUUUGUCUGGCAGUAUAGAGAAACAGGUCCUUCUCAGAUGUUAUGUCACUUCUCUGUCCAGUGUGCUGCUCUGGCCUUGAGUCAUUAUAUGACUGCUUUCCCUUUUCCUAGAGUGCUCUUCAGAAACUCUUGAGACUAUAUUACUCUAUAGCCUUGUGACAUCAAUCAUGUAUUUUUUUUACUGUGUUAUAUUACAGCUGUCAAGAACUAUUUAAUAUUCUUUUUUUAUACUGCUGUUUUUAUACGAUUGUUCUUCUUUUUAACACUUAAAGAAACAUUCACUCCUGUCAAGAACAAUA